AUGGACUUUACAUCGAAAGAAGAAUACGAAAAAAUACGUGAUGAUAGGGUUUUACCACUAAAUGGAUUAUAUCAUGACGUCGAGGAGUUUUUACAACCACCUCGUCUAUUAAUUUGCUCAAAAUGCACUGAACCAGGACAUACAAGAAAAUAUUGUACAUGGGAUUAUGAAGUUCGUUGUCGAUGUGGCGAAAAUCGUACUAAAGGUGAUCACCAAGAAUGUACGAUAAAAUGUUUCCGAUGUAGUGAUGCUCAUAGAUCUAAUGAUUAUAGGUGUCCACAUUUAAAAGAAUAUAGAUACAAUUUAGUUAUUGAAUUGAAAAAACGUCCUGAUUUACUCCCACCAAAUGUUCAGUUGUUCAUUCUAACUGAUUGUCGUAAAAAUGGCGAUAGAACAGGAAAGGUAUUAUAUAAUAAAUCAGCCCGUAACCAACAUCAGCAGUAUAGUCAACAAAUACAUUGUUAUAAUGAUCUGAAUGAAUGGCCGGAACUUCCACGAUUGAUGACAAUAGGAUCACAAUAUCAUCAAUAUGACAUAAAAUUUACUGAAGAAGUAAAACGAAUCCAAUUAGACUUCGAUAAGAUAAAAAAUGAUUAUGUAUUAAGAAUGAAAGAAUUCGAAUUAAAACAACAAGAGAAUAUACAACGAUUAAAUGCGCAAUUAAAUUUGAUUCACAUACAAACUAAAACUCAAACGAAAUAG